CAGGGAUGGCAACCCUAGAACACUAAAAGCCCUCGCAAAUAUAUAUUAUUUUAAAUUAAAGCGAAAUAAAGCUCAGAAAUAGAAAUAAAUGACUUUAAAAAUUAUUUUAAGAUGUUUGAGGAAAGUUCUCGGGUUAUUAACGAAGUACUGAUUAAAAUUUUAAAAUGUCGUGUUUUCUACCCUGCACUCCACUCCAGUUCAAAUCACUCCAUUUCCACGGUGCUACGGAACGGAAGGUUUCAGAGCGAUGCACUCAAAGCGUAGAGGAUCUGAGGAUGAGGCUAGAGAGGAAUCCUUGGUACCGAAGAAAAGAAAUGGAAAGAGAUACUUUACACGGGCAUCAGGCAGCAGCAUUGUCAAAUGUGAAAACUGUGGAAUGUGUAGCACAAACACAAACGACGAAGCCAGCUUCAAAUGAUUCCCUCACACGGAUGAAAACCGGUAUGUAUAAGUCAAUAUAAUUUGUUCACUCUUUUCAUUCCAAUGUUAUUCAUGUUGUAAUGAAGUAUACACAGUUCACAAGUUGUAAUUUCAAGUGGCGAUUGACCAAUCUGGAUAAUCUGUUCAAUAUAACAUUCAAUUCGAUGCAUCCGUGAGCUGUGUCUACUUGGGUAAUAAUGUGACAUUAUUCUGUUCAAGCCCGUAUAGCAUUAAUCGUUCAAGCAUAACUUGUGUGCUGGCAUCAAGAGUAUGUUCCUACAGCCGGUUUGUUGGUUGAUAAAUUAAGCUGGUACUUGUCAAGAUACUGUUCUGAUCAAAAUUUCAGUGCACAAGUUAUGGCUGGAUGUGUUGCCAUCCUUUUCACAGCUGGGUAAGCGGUUUGAUGUGUAGCAAGUGCCACUUUUAAUGGAACUUAUCGUGAAAUAGCAUACGCCAGUGGUGCUCCAGAUGGUUUUAUUUACUGCUUCAUUUGAGUGCAGCUGAUAUGUCAUAAAAGAUGUUCUAUCAAUGUGAAAAAGUAUGUAAUCUGUCUGCAAAAGCCUAGAAUAUACAGAGUAAGACACUUAGUAAUUCUUUAACAAGACUUCUCUUUGGUUUCUUUCAUUUAUUAGGUUCUUAUAUGGCUUCUAUAGCACAGAAUAUGCUCUGAUGCCUUGGAUGGUUUUCAAUGCCUGUCUUGCUUUCUGCAUUAAUUUCUUUUGACGCUUUUGCUUAAAGCCUCUUAACUUGUGUUUUUGUUUGCUCUGCUUGGUUUGCUAAUACUCUUCUUUUUAUCUGUUAGCCCUCUUCUGCCAUGCACGCACAGCAGUUAAAUAUUUCUUUUCACUUAAUCUCCCGUUGUUUUUUAUUUCUAGGUACAAAUUGUGGAUUAAUUUGUGUCAAAGUUAAACUGCUGCAGCUGAAGAAGUUUAGCAAUAAAUAGGUGUGUGCUAGGCGCUUUGGUCCCGAUGAUUUGCAUCCUAGUGGGCAGCACAAGUGCAAUGCUGUUCCAAGCAUGAGUGAACAUUACAAGACCUGCACUGAAUUUGAGGCCAGAGGAAACAAUUAUUCCUGCUCUUCUUCUGAAUCUUCUGGUCAAGACAACAUUUCUGUAUUCAAACACAAUUCUGGUGCUGAACAUGCCUGUAAUUGUGGCUUAAUGGAAUCCCACCCAAAUGAAGGAAUGGAUAAUGUUGAUGACAGCGAAAACAACGACAACAAUUCUUUUGACAUGGGAACGGACACAUUGAAUGAUCAUGUCGUUCCAGACCCCAUCCAUUUUGCCCUGCUGAUUAUGAUCAGUUGAAUGUGCCUGGGUCACUUGAGUGCAUGCUCGCAGGUAGACCGUUACAAGUGCUUUCUUGGCGAGUGCAUGCCUCUGAGCGCAUACAUGCAACAUGCAGUUGUAAGUGUGUUCAUGAUCACAACUAUGUACUUUUAUGUACUUGCAAGCAUGCACUCACAAUUGCCAGGAAGAAGCACCAUUUAGAUAGACGCAAAUUGGAUCGCUAGGACACUAAUCUUUGACUGAAGAAAGUGUCGCUGCGAGCACUGCAAGAAGACAACUUUCAAUUUAGAGUGUUCAUGCCAUAGCUGCAGUCUUCCCCUGGUGGCAGAAGGCUUCGCACUUUUGUGUGCCUGUCGCGGCUAAUAAAUUUAUAAGAUGUGUCUGAAACAGCCGUUUAAUUAAUAAAAGAAUGUUAUCAAAAAGAA